GAAGACAAAAAGAAAGAGAGAUUGUUAAAUGACGCGCUGUAUUUCACCAUUGGCAAAUAUCGGAUGCCGCUACGGAGGAAACAUCACGCCACAAAGGUGGACGGAAUCUAUAUAACGCGUUUUCGCUAGUACUUCUGCUUCAACAACAACAUACGGGACGAUAACUCAGCCCUACGAUGCAGCGUACGUUUGGUGGCCUUUCGGCGGCCAACCGAGCGGGCGUUUACGAUGGCAAAAUAGCGGGCUUAUACGAUCUGGAGGAAACGCUCGGUUCGGGCCAUUUUGCUGUGGUGAAGCUUGCCCGUCACGUGUUUACCGGCGAGAAGGUAGCGGUGAAGGUAAUUGAAAAGACGAAACUGGACGACAUCUCGCGUGCCCAUCUGUUCCAGGAAGUGCGGUGCAUGAAACUGGUUCAACAUCCAAAUGUGGUGCGACUGUAUGAGGUUAUAGACACGCAGACGAAACUGUACCUCAUACUGGAGCUGGGGGAUGGCGGCGAUCUGUACGAUUACAUUAUGCGCCAUGAGAAGGGUUUGUCGGAGAACGUCGCCCGUGAAUACUUCCGACAGAUUGUGCGAGCCAUCUCCUACUGUCAUCAGUUGCAUGUGGUGCACAGAGAUCUGAAACCUGAGAAUGUGGUGUUCUUUGAAAAGCUGGGCGUUGUCAAGCUAACUGAUUUUGGUUUUAGUAAUAAGUUCUGUCCGGGCCAGAAACUGGAGACCUCCUGUGGAAGUUUAGCAUACUCGGCACCGGAAAUCUUACUCGGCGAUUCAUAUGACGCACCGGCAGUUGAUGUGUGGUCAUUGGGUGUGAUACUGUUCAUGCUGGUUUGUGGGCAUCCGCCGUUUCAAGAAGCGAACGAUUCGGAAACGCUGACCAUGAUCAUGGAUUGCAAAUACACCAUGCCUGCUCACGUGUCGGAUGGUUGCCGGAAUCUCAUCAGCAAGAUGCUUGUGCGGGAACCGGAGAAACGUGCCACGCUGCAACAGAUCGCCGUAGACGAAUGGCUGAUGGAGGGUAGCUGUGAAGAAACGCCGGAAAAUUUACCCUUGGUCAGCCGGGAGCAAGUGAGCGAGGAGGAUCAUACGCUGAUCAUUCAGAAGAUGAUCAACGGCAAAAUUGCAACCAAAGAGGAAAUUUUAGAGGCUUUAGAUCGUAACGAGUACAAUCACAUAACGGCGACAUACUUUUUGCUGGCGGAGCGGAAACUGCGUGCUCACCGGCAGGAAGAGGCCCAGAAACGGAAACCGGAGCUUACGUUGCCGGUUUCGAACACAGCACGGUUGCUUCAAAAUUAUAAGAAAAACGAAGCAAACGACGAUGAGGAUUCACAUGAUGGACUAUUAUCAACGCGACUGGGCAUGCAUUUAAGCGUUCCCAGGACACCGGGCACAGACGCAGGCCAGACUGGUCGAAGCCGAAAGUGUAGUAUCGUGCAGGAGGAGGAAGACGACGAGGAUGACGUUCAUUGUGCAGGCCAUGAGGAACUGUCAACACCUCUGAACAGGAGAGGUUCGCGAUCGGAAGGUCGAAUUAACGUAACGGUGCAGGAUCGAAUAGCGGAAUCAGAGCGUUUGAAGCUCGAAGCGAAAAAAUAUCAACAGUCGGAGCAGCACCAGCAUGGUCGAAUUGGCGUCGGAGACGAUCACGCGAAAUCACCCCAUACGAUCGGUGCCGAUCAAGUGGAUUGUGGCGUUGAUGGUGAUCAUCAGCGUGGAUCGGUGUUGCAAAAUCCACAAAUUUCGCCUCUACUCGGAGGCAUCGGCAAUGUUACGCUUGUGACGAGUGAGAACAGUAGCACGAAAGAUCGUCUAGGGAUUGCCGGCGGUGGACUGCAACGGAAACCUAUGCCGGAGUUGAAGCGACAUGUCGGUGGUAGUAUCGAUUCGAAGAAGUCGUCGAUACUGAAACCAACAUUGGUAAAAAUUACGGACGGCGUUGGCGUUAGGUCGGGAUCGUUUGAUCAAUGUAUGCGAGGUAUUGCUAGCGGUGGUGCAGGAGAACUCGUAACGACGAAGAUAAUCACUGACAGCUCGACGAUAACGAUACCGAUUCCGACGCUCAACAUCGUUACCUCUUCCACAAUACCAAAGUAUAAGACAAUGCCGUCGCCCACGAGGUCGAACGCGAUCCUCACCUCGACAACGAACUGCCUGAAUGAAAUAUUCGAAGAAGGCACAGAUGUUGGCAGUUCGGACAGUACUAGUACCACACCGCGACCCGUCAUACGCAGCCAGUUUGUGGCGGCUCGCCAACAGAGUCAACCGACCGGUAAUGGAAAUAGUGCCGGCGUGGGCGGUAGUGUUAGUGCCACGGGUUCGGUGCAUCGACGAAGUAAAUUUAACAAAUCACGCACGGCGUCCUGUAGCAGCUCUGACGCGUCAGACGAUGAUUCGGAAAAUCGUAAGAAGCGUGCACACAAAAUUGUGGACGCUACCAUUAAGCCGCUGUCACAGCGUAGGGAUUCGCAUGACGACUCGAGCGAUUCCCAAGAUCAAGGCAGCAAUGUGGCAGGAGGUGGUGCGGGAAAACCACAAAUAAAAGGUAUAUCGGGAGCCACCAAUGGCAGCACUAGUAACGGUGGAACGGCUGGUGGUGGUAGCGGAAGUAGAGGUGGUACCGGAGCGCAGACUUCAUCGACUGAGGACAAACACGGGACAAACAGCCGACAGAAAACGUCACAACAGGUUGACUUCCGACGGCAUCGUGGCCGAAGACGGCCAGUCGAAACACGAUUACGCGAAAGUCAGUCACUCAAUCGUAUUACGGAGGUGCAGGAAUCGGAGGUGGGAGGUGGUAGCCAUUCGCUGAUACAGCAGGUAGCCAGUAGUACAGUCGUGGACGCACCUUUGGUAACAAUGGUUACGUCAAAUGGUGCCGUCGCGAAACCAGCAGAUCCCUUGACGAAUGGAGAAUGUAAGGACCAACCAGAUGGCAUAUGUGAUAUUUCGUUAUCAGACCGAACAUGCGAAGCCGAACCGGAGACUGUUGUGAAUAGGGAGGCCAGUACACCGAGCAGUACGAAAAAGGCACAGUGUACCAAGGGAACAUCGUCGCGGCAGCAACAUCAUCAUCAUGGGUCGUCCAAACCGAAAGGACUUAGUGCGAGAAUAUUCCAUACGUUCAAGAAGCAACCGGCAGCGGCAACUCCUGUAAGUGCGGCCAAUGCGAUGGCGGAUCCGCCCUCUACCGGAUCCGGCGAUGACAUUGAGAUUGUGGUGGAGUUGGCUAAAGCGCUAAAUGCAUCGGCGGAAAGUGGUAAAAGUGGCAACACGAAGAAAAUAAAAAUUCUUGGUCGCUAUUUUCAGGUGCACAAGAAAAUUUACGUUCCAUUGUCCGGUCUGUUCCAGCGAGGCCGUCUAUACAAAGCGCAAUCGUGUGGUUCGAUCGUCCGUGACAAGGUGAACGUUAACCCGAAUGGUCCGGGGGGAGGAUCGCAUGCGAACACAACCGGUCGUCAUUCGACGAUAUUCAACGAAAAGAACCGUAUUAUAAAAAAUUGUCUCAGCAAUACGGGUGAACCCGGGGCCCGGCAUCUUGGAAGUGACGGUGACAUCAAUCACAACGGCGGUUCCCAUCAUCACCAUCACAGUAGCAGUGGUUUUCUGGCCGCCCUUUCGGCUAGCGCACCAUCAACGGACGUUAUUGUUCGUGGUGCUUCACCGGUCGAGCUAGUGUCGAAUGGGCGGUCCAGUAUUGUCGAGCAUGCGGCCACAGUUCUCAGUGCUACCACCGUCACAACACCGCCUGUCCCAAUCAAAACGGCGUAGUAGGUUGGAUGGUUGCCGUGGCAAGAAACGCUAAAUUCUAAAAAACCUGCACAGCUAUUAAGCCAAAGAGAUUGUUCCAGGAGGUUGUGCACAAUCGUGCGCGAAUUAUUGGUCCGGUAUGACAAUUAAUGCAACUUGUUAGCAUAAGUAACACAUGCAAUGUUAACAUUGCUUCGUACUGUUUAAUCGAACACUUACUUAAUUGUUCCUUCUCGAUUCGAAAUAUUUACAUACACAUUUAAACAGUCUCGUUGCUUGACCCGGAGGAGAACCCGAUUCUCACAAACAUGAAACAAUCGUUUGUUUUUGUUACUCUCAAGCUAAAAUGUGCAAUAACUGGACUAUAUCAAUAACAAGAUGAGCUAAAGCAAGUAACUUACAUCCUGACCAUGUUUAUGUGCACUUCUCAAACAGGUUCACUUGUAACAGGUUUUGUUAAACUACUGACACUACUCGAGACUAGCGUAUCGAAUAAGUGUGACAUGGAAGUAUUAGUUAUGUUUUAAGUUAUGUAUCGCCGCACAGUGUCUGUUAACAAUAUUGUUUACCAUUUUUUUGUAUCAUGAACACAUUUGUCCAAUCGACUACACUUUCCAGCUCGUAUACGUAUGGGUUGGAAUGCAUUAAUGUUUUAUACGAUAUGUGACACGUACGCACUCGCAAACCAAAGUUUGAUUGUGACACGGUGUUUAGCUAAAGCUUAUGAAACUGAUAUCCUACCGUAAACGGGAUUGGAUUGGUUGAACUGAGUAAAAUGGCACGAAAUUGAAUGUUAGACAAUUUAGAACACUCGAAACUAUAAUACAAUAACCGUAGAGAGCAUAGCAGAAGGGACACGGGAGACAGCAUGUAUUUUGGGAACGAGGGAAGAAUUGAUUCAGCAGCAGGUA